UGUCAUAAUGACAUGAAAAAAAUAAAAACAAACAGUUUGACACAAUCUGUUAUCUGAUUUAAUUAUUUUAUCAUUUAGAGUAUAUGUUUAUUAUAAAUAUUAUAUUUUAAUUAAUGAGCAGUGCUCCUCUUCAUACUUGAAAGUGUUUAUUCAUACCUAAAAUGUGACUGCAUAUUGUAUAUUUCCGGCAGUGCUUGUACCCAUAUUGCUAAUUGCUGUUCUUUUUCAUUCAAGUUCUUUGUGUGCGUCGUUUGAAUGAAAUUAAUUUGAUAUCAACCUUUUGUUUAUCUUGCAUAAAAGAAAAAUGUUUAAAUUAACCAAGUCAUUCAUAUUACUUUUUCUUGCAAAACAUGCAUUAUGUAUCUCUGAUAUGACUGAUAGUUCAUUUGGAAAAUAUAACGAGGGUCUUUUAGCUGCAUUUGGUGACUUUAAUUCUGAUGAACUUACUGAUGCCUUUAUAAUAAAUGAGACUAGUAUAGAAGUGCUUUUGGCUCAUGAUAAAGAACCAUUUUUACGCCCUUCUUCCUAUAUCUGCAAUUUUAGUAAUGUUAUAAUCACAAGUAUAGUACCAGGCGACUUUGAUGGAGAUGCCUACAUGGAUAUUCUUUUUACUACUCAACUUCAAAAUGAAACAUCCUCCCUCCAUGAGGUGAGAAUAUUGUGGGGUGGAAUGCCUGAACUUAAUUGUACGGAUGCACUUUUAAUAAAAGCUAUAACAUUAGGCCAACCACUAGUUAUGGAUUAUAAUCGCGAUAUGAUAUUAGAUCUCUUUGGAAUUAAUUCCCAGAGUCAGAGAGUUUUCUGGGUCUUUGAUAACUCUAGAUCAACUCCUUUGGAGAUAUUGAUGAAUGAUGACAGUAAUAAAGAAAUAAAAUUACCACACUCACACUCCUUCUUAGAUGUCAAUGAUGAUAAUGCUGCUGAUUUAUUAGUAACUACAAAACUUGAUGUUGAAGUUUGGUUGAAUGAAGAGCCAAGUGGAUUUAAAUUCAAUAAUAGCAUAGAACUACUUGUUGGUUUUGCAACUACUUAUGGUCAAGUAUUAUUUAUUGAUGUGGCACUUUCUGGGGAGUUCUUUUUAGUAGUACCCGUAUGUUAUGAUCUUGGCUGCAUAAACAGUACAAUUCUUAUCUAUGACAACAAGCAAUGGCAUGAUUUGCAAGUGGACUUCAAUGAUGGAAAGGGCACCUUCUGGCACUUCAUUCCACCUAGAGAUGAGCCAUACCUUGAUACAAUAGCAAUGCGCAGUGGUGAUUACAAUAUGGAUGGAUACCCUGACAUUCUUAUGACACUUAGUCCUUCUAAUAAUAAUAAUGAAACAAAAGUUUUCCUAAUGCAUAAUGUCCCAUGUAAUCUACCUGGAUGCAAAUUUCAUAGAACAUUUGAAAUUCAAUGGGAAAAAUUUAAUUCUUUUGGCAACAAUGUUGUUAUGGCAACUUUUUAUGAUUUCUACAUGGAUGGUGUGUUGGAUGUUAUUUAUGUUCAAAAGAAUAUGACAACGAACAAAUAUGUAAUGAAAGCUUUUCGGAAUGAAUUAGAAUAUGAUACAAACUUUAUAAAAGUUAUUGUUGUUACUGGACUAAGUAAUGAAAAGGUGCCUACAAUCAAUGGUACAUUGUAUACACGUAAAGUUACUUUUGGAACUAAUUUACCUGGGCCAAAGAUUGGAUACAAUACUUGGUCUCAAGAAGGUACUUAUAGAACUGGAGUUUGUGCUCAACUUCCACAAUCAGCAUACUAUGCCCUACAAUUACCCUAUUCUAUUUUUGGUCUGGAUCGUACUCCUAACUUUGUUGAUACGCUCACUGUAGGGCUCUCAGGGUACUCUAAGAGCUGGACACAAAUCAUUCCUAAUUCUCAAAUUGUUUUGAUUCCUGCACCACCCAAUGAUCCCUCCCAGUGGAGAGCUCAAUUGUUUGUGACACCUAGCAAAGUUAUUCUUAAAAGUGUAUUCGUUUUAGCUGCUAUAAUAAUUGUAAUAAUAGGAUGUGUUCUGUAUUUGCAUUGGAAAGAAAGGAAUGAUAGGCAAGACAUCAUAGAAAUUGAUGAUAAAACAUAUGUAAAAUUAUAAGUUAAUAUUAUCUAUAGCCAAAGGGCAAUAAAAUUUUAAUUUGGAAUCUGUGAUUAAAAAGAACUUGUAUAAUCCUAGAUAUAUAUUAAGCAAAGUAUUGCAUUAUCAUUAUUAUUAACUAGUGUAUAUUGUAAUAUAUGUACUCAAAGCAAUUUUCCAAUCUUUACUAAAUUGGCUUCUAUAUAGAAUAAAUUAUUAGGGCUAUUAAAUUAUUUAAAACUUGUGUUUGAAAAAAUAAACUUAUAUGAACAACUUGGUGAUUAUUAUGUUGAUAUUCUAACAUGACUGUCAACUUACUAUUGUAAUGAAUUUGUUUUCUUACCUUCAUAUUUAAGGUUUAUGGUUUUUUGUAGUUUGGUGUGUAUGUUUUAUUAAAUGUUGUACUGUAAUAAAAUUUGAAUAAAGACUG